UCUCACUCUCUUCCUUACCAUUAUAAUUCUACACGAUCAUCUUCUUCAACUCUUAAUCUCACUUGAAAAUCAUACUUUCAAACAGAGAUUUGUAGUGGGGGUUCUCUUAUAGUAGACGAAGUUGGCGCAGGAAACGUUUUUACGGGUAGGUUCAGUUUGGGAUUGAAGGUUCAGUGAUUCCGUGGUGAGGAUGAAGAGGAACACAUUGGAUGAGAGGAAGAAGAAGAAUCAGGAGAUUAGUAAGGAAGAAAUUGCAGAAGACUGGUGUUUUGUUUGUAAAGAUGGUGGUUCGUUACGUGUUUGCGACUACAAAGGGUGUCUAAAAGCUUAUCAUCCUGAGUGUGUGGAGAAGGAGGACUCUUUUUUGGAUAGUAAAAGCAAAUGGACUUGUGGAUGGCAUUCUUGUUUCAAUUGUGAUAAGUCCUCAAAGUAUCAUUGCUUUUGCUGUCCAAAUGCUCUGUGCCAGCAUUGUGCCAAUAGUAUUGAGUUUGCACGUGUUAGAGACACCAAAGGGUUCUGCCAUAACUGUCUGAAGCUUGCACUACUUGGAGAGGCAAACGGAACCGAAGACUCUGAUGGGGAAUUUGUAGAUUUCAGUAAUAGAGACACAUUUGAGUGCCUAUUCUUGGAAUACUGGUUUAUAAUUAAGAAGGAGGAGAAUUUGACAUCGGGUGAUCUUCAAUCUGCAAAUAUUUUUCUCAAAAAUUGGAACAAAAAAUUUACUUCUGCAUCUUCUGAGUCUGAAAGUUCAGAAAGCGAUACAAUGUCAAACUCUGAAGAUGAUAUUGAAGAUGAAAAGCCCAAACAAGUCAAGAAGGGAUCCAAAGUUGACUCCUAUACUGAAGAUGAUACUGAAGAUGAUACUGAAGAUGAAAAUCCCAAACAAGUCAAGAAGAGAUCCAAAGUUGAAUCGUCUACAAACAAAACCAAAAUGGCCAAAUCAAAACAGAAGUUUGUUGCUUGGGGAUCUGAAGCUCUCAUACAAUUCCUUAAAUCUAUUGGUAAACAGACAAAUGAGAGAUUAUCACAGUAUGAGGUGGCCUCUAUUGUUGGCCGAUACAUCACUGGGAACAACCUAUUUGAUCCGGUGCAGAAAAGGAAGAUUAUUUGUGAUGCGAAAUUAGAAUCUCUGUUUCAGAAGAAAACAUUCAACAGAAACAAACUACACGACUACCUUGAACCCCAUUUUAUUGAAAACAUUGAAGUAACCAACGAUGAACUAUUGUCGAAUUUUUCGGAUGAAGAUGACAGAGAAUUGUUGGUGUCGACUAAAAAGAAAAGAAAAUCGCCUACAAUUAAGGAAGCUGCUGAAAUUGAGAAAGUGCAGGAGGCGCCAAAAAGCCAAUUUGCAUCCAUUGUCGAAGAAAACAUCAAAAUUGCCUUCCUGAUGAAGAGUCUAGUGAAACAAUUGUUGGAUAACCACUUGCCUGAGGAUUUUGAUUCCAAAGUAAUAGGCUGCUUUGUGAAAAUCAGAUCAGACCCAUUGGACUACUUGCAGAAAAACAGAUGUCAACUCGUGCUAAUAAGAGGCGUGAAGCGGAUUUUGCAGAAUGAUGAGAUGAAGGUUACCCUACAAGCUUCAACUGGGAUAAUAAACAUUGACUUAGACAUAGAGAAAAUUUUAGAUGUUAUAUUCACAGAGGAAGAACUGGAUGACUUGAGGAAGAGAGUUGAGGACCGUUUAAUCCCCAGGCCAACUGUAGUGGACCUUGAACUGAAGGCCAAAUCUUUGCAUGUGGAUAUCACAAAUCAUGCAAUUGACAAGGAAUUAGGAUCUUUGGUAAAUAAAAUUCAUACAUGCAAUGAGAAAGGGUGGAGAGAAGAAUUGUUUAUACACCUAAGGAGGAGAGAGCUGCUUAAAUCACCAGAAGAAAGGGCUAAAAUGAUAGAGAUGGUUCCUCAGGUGGUUGCUGCUCCAGCAGAGAUCGAUAUGGAACCUCCCACCCUUAAAGGGCAAGCUGAUGAACUUAUCUAUAUUGAUUGAAAGCUAAGACUGGAAGUGGUGAAAAGGUGGAACAAAUAAGGAUGAUCGAUGGGGGGUAAUGGGGUAAUGCGCAUCUUUUGGCUGAAAAACAUUUCUCUUAUUGGAUUUUGGGUACUUCAUUACCUAGGUCGAAGAGAACAUGUGGUUUAACAUGGUCCCUUCUGAAAAACAUUCUAGGUAUAUAUGGCCUUUUCUGUACGCUGAUACUCUUUUUGUGCUUGUUUUUCCUUUCAUAAGAAAACCAACACAUUAUGCCAUCGACAAUGGGUUUUAAUAUUUUCAUGCAGGGAGAUAGAAACAUCAUGAAA